UGCAACCGAAAAGGGCAACUGCUCAGCUAUAGUCCACGCCCCCUUCCCGCUCCGGUGACAGUGUCUGCGGAAAGUCGCCUUUGUGAUUUCUGGAGAGCACCGAGCGGGACGACGGCCGUCCAGCCGGGUCGUCCGUGCCAGGCGACAAAGAAAAGAUUUUCUGGCGGACCAUCAUCCCUUCCCUCUAGACAGCCCGCACCCCGGGGGCCUGAAAAUGCUUAGAUCUACGUGGAAUUUUCUGAAACGUCACAAAAAGAAAUGCAUCUUCCUGGGCACGGUCCUCGGAGGAGUAUAUAUCCUGGGAAAAUAUGGACAGAAGAAAAUCAGAGAAAUACAAGAAAGGGAGGCUGCAGAAUACAUUGCCCAGGCACGACGACAGUAUCAUUUUGAAAGCAACCAGAGGACUUGCAAUAUGACAGUGCUGUCCAUGCUCCCAACACUGAGAGAGGCCUUGAUGCAGCAACUCAACUCUGAGAGCCUUACAGCUCUGCUGAAAACCAGGCCUUCAAACAAGCUAGAAAUAUGGGAGGAUCUGAAGAUAAUAAGUUUCACAAGAAGUAUCGUAGCUGUGUACAGUACUUGCAUGCUGGUGGUUCUUUUGCGAGUCCAGUUAAACAUAAUUGGUGGAUAUAUUUAUUUGGAUAAUGCAGCAGUUGGCAAAAAUGGCACCACAGUUCUUGCUCCCCCAGAUGUCCAACAGCAAUAUUUAUCAAGUAUUCAGCACCUCCUUGGAGAUGGCCUGACAGAAUUGAUCACUGUCAUUAAACAAGCUGUGCAGAAGAUUUUAGGAAGUGUUUCUCUUAAACAUUCUUUGUCCCUUUUGGACUUAGAGCAAAAACUGAAAGAAAUCAGAGAUCUCGUUGAGCAGCAUAAAUCAUCUUCUUGGAUUAAUAAUGAUGGAUCCAAAUCUUUAUUAUGCCAUUAUAUGAUGCCAGAUGAAGAAACUCCAUUAGCAGUUCAGGCCUGCGGACUUUCUCCUAGAGAUGUUACCACUAUUAAACUACUCAAUGAAACUAGAGACAUGUUGGAAAGUCCAGAUUUUAGUACAGUUUUGAAUACCUGUCUCAGCCGAGGAUUCAGUAGACUGCUAGACAACAUGGCUGAGUUCUUUCGACCUACUGAACAAGACCUGCAACAUGGUAACUCCAUGAAUAGUCUUUCCAGUGUCAGCCUGCCUUUAGCUAAGAUAAUUCCCAUAAUAAAUGGACAGAUCCAUUCAGUUUGCAGUGAAACACCUAGUCAUUUUGUUCAGGAUCUGUUAAUGAUGGAGCAAGUGAAAGAUUUUGCUGCUAAUGUGUACGAGGCUUUUAGUACUCCUCAACAACUGGAGAAAUGAUUUUUUUUUCCCUUCAAGAAUAGCUACAAUGGAAUUCAGUUACUUUUUUUUAAAAAUGCACCGAAUAAAUCAACUAUAUAUAGGGUAAUGAUUUGUUACCAUAAUGUCUAAUAAAAAUAUAUUCUUAAAGUCUUCAUAAUAAUAAUAAAAAAAAAGUCUUCAUAAGAAAAUA